AUGUUUAUUCACAGAAAACGUUAUUUUAUACAAAUAAACGCGAAUUCAAGCGAAUUAAAGGAUGGCAAAAUCGCCGGUCGUGCGGUAUUGUUCGCUGGUGAACCAGGAACGGGUAAGACGGCGAUAGCGAUGGGUAUGUCGAAGUCAAUCGGGGACGAUGCACCAUUCGUUUCAAUCUCUGCUUCUGAGAUCUUCUCGGUUGAUAUAAGUAAAACCGAGGCGCUCAUGCAAUCCAUCAGAAAGGCUAUUGGUGUACGCAUUAAGGAGGAAAAUGAAGUACUUGAAGGUGAAGUGGUUUCAAUGGAAAUAGAUCGACCAGCUGCUGGAGGUGGUGCUAAAGUGGGUCGUUUAACCAUAAAAACAACUGAUAUGGAAACUGUUUAUGAUCUCGGUACGAAAAUGAUUGAAACUUGUAUCAAGCAAAAAAUCAGUGCUGGUGAUGUGAUUCAAAUCGAUAAAGCUUCUGGACGGAUAACAAAACUUGGUCGUUCGUUUUCGAGACAACACGACUACGACGCAAUGGGACCACAAGUCAAAUUCGUCAAAUGUCCUGAAGGUGAAAUUCAAAAGCGUAAAGAAACAGUUCAUACGGUAGCAUUACACGAGAUCGAUGUGAUCAAUUCGAGGUCACAAGGCUUUUUGGCACUUUUCUCGGGCGAUACAGGAGAGAUAAAAAAUGAAGUGAGAGAUCAGAUCAAUAAAAAGGUUGUUGAAUGGCGUGAGGAGAACAAAGCCGAAGUAGUGCCUGGUGUGUUGUUCAUUGAUGAGGCUCAUAUGCUGGAUUUGGAAUGUUUUUCAUUUUUGAAUCGCGCUAUCGAAGCUGAUUUAUCUCCAAUCCUUGUCAUGGCCACAAAUAGAGGUCAAGAAAUGAUCAGAGGUACACAUCUCAAAAGUCCACACGGCAUCCCAAUUGAUUUGCUUGAUAGGUCAUUGAUAGUCAGAACGAAGGCGUAUUCAGAGAAGGAUAUUGAGGAUAUAUUAUGGAUAAGAGCCACCGAAGAAAGUGUGAAGUUAGAGCGUGAUGCAGUGGCCAUAUUAACGAAGCUUGCUGCACAGACCUCGUUGCGAUACGCUAUGCAACUGAUAUCAACUGGUAACGUUCUGCGUGAGAGGAGACGAGCUGAGCAGGUAUACUCCUUGAUAUCUUCCUUUUAA